AUGACAAUAGAAGAUCCUCAAAAUUAUUUGGAAUAUAAUUUAAAUGAACAUUUACAUCCAGCAAGAAAAGCUUUAGCAGAAGAAAUUCAAAAACAACAUUAUGAAAAAUUUCCUUAUUGGCCAGAUGAAGGUGAAACUCAAGAAAGUAAUGUAGAAAUAUUAAUAAAUGGUGCUUAUAAAAGUGGUAAUAAUUUUUAUAUUAUUUGGAGUUGUAUCGGUUGGAUUAAAGUUAAAGAUUAUGUUUUUUCUGAUAAUAAAUAUAAUGCUUCUUUUGAUGGAAAACCUGAUAUUAAAUUAGUUAUUUUUAAUUUUGAAAAAUUACAAGCGUUAGAAAAUUCAGCACAAAAAAAUUAUGAUAAAGCAUUAGAAUCACUUGGUAACGCUAAGGAAUUAGAUUGGGACGAAUUUUAA